UUGAUGAGUAUUAAAUCAUUACAGUAUUUUAAGAUCCCACUGUUCUUAUUGUAAAAACUGAAAGAUACCUCCCCAGUCAAAAUUAUUGUAAAUGAUACAUGGACACAAAUGUGAACACUGCUGUCUUAAGAGCACUUCAGGUUUUCUCUUCAAUGGAUACUUACAUGCAUCCUUUCUUCUUUCAGCAAGGAGAGGUUGUGGAAGAAUACUUUAAGUAUGAUCCUACACACAAAGUGAUUUUAAGAUUUUUGCGUACCCUGUGCAAAGCCAAAAAGCUAAAUGCUUACUUAACAAUCAUAAGCUUGGUAUACGUAAGAAGACUUCUAGAGUGUGCUGAUAUCAAUAUUUGCCCAACCAACUGGAGGAGGAUUGUCUUUGGGGCCAUUCUUCUUGUCGUCAAGGUUGGGAGCAAUGUGGCUCAGUGCAAUGAGAACUUAUGCAAGCUCUUUGAGAAAAUUACAGUUGACGAUAUGGAUGAGCUGCAAAGGGACUUCUUGGAGCUAAUUAAUUAUGAUUUCAGUGUUUCUCGAGGCAUGUAUACGAGCCACUACUUCUAUCUUCGUGAGUUGGCAUUCAAUCAUGGCCUGAGUUUGCCAUCUUCCCUUCUUGACAGACAAAGAGCAUGGGAUCUGAAGGCUUUAUCAAGGAUGGAUCAAGAUGAAGCAUUCUAUACUGCUCACGAGACCGGGUCUUUGAGUGCUGAUGACUUAAUUCGUCUUCAGCACGCUAAGGCCGUCCUCUCCUGAAGGAAGAAAUGAAGGGUAAUGUAACAUCUGAACCCCUCACCAAAAAAGACAGGAAAAUACCACCUCUCCUGCUAAAUAACUAGAAAAGUUUGUAUUUUCAAAAGAAGAAAUACCUCAAUUCAAGUUAACUCACGGGCAACUAAGAUUGCACUUUA